UAGAGCCUUAUUUUGUUAGGUGGUUACAAUUAGUUACAAGUAGGCGUACUAUACAUCACUCAUUAGUUCUAUAAAUCCAUGCAUGUAUAUGAUAACUCAUCGUCGAUCUUACAAUUCUUUAAUGUACUCAUUCCUUCAACUCUCAAACUAAAACCUAGCUCGUUCUCAGAAUAAUGGAUAUUUGGUCAUGGAUAUGUGACCUUCCUAGUUCAUGUGAAUGGAGUAAUUCAAAUUCACAACUCUCUUUUGAACUUGCCUCUUCGAAUACUACCACAAAAGAAAACUCGACUCAAUCGAUUCAAUUAAAAGCUGAGCGGUCAUCAGAGUUAAAAACAGAAGUAUGUAUAACAUUUUCUAUUUGUGUCCAAGGAUUCGAUCCUAAUGAGCCUUAUAAGACAUUAUGGUUAUCCAAUCCUUGUUUUGUUUCCUCUGAUAAUAAGCCAUUUCUUCCCCUUGUUGUUCAACUUGUGCAAGAAACAAUUAACCGUGCACCAUUAACUUAUCAUGACCAUACCCACCAUGGAACUCAACCCGUGAAGGUAAAACUUGACCCAAUUAGUAGGAUCCUUGAGACAUAUUCACCCGAAUCUUUCUCAAGUAUUUUCAAUCUCUUGUUAUUCACGCGCUUGUUUUGGCUAUGUGCGUGUGAUGCUCCUACUGAAGUGGGAUCCCUCUUCUUCCAUUCUUUAUUGUCUCCAAACCUUGAAAUAUUGUCACGCAUUAGCCAAGUGGCUGUGUUGAAAGGGUUCAUGAGUGUUGUUGGUGUUGAUGUCGAGAUGUGUAUAUCACGCGCCUUUGGGUACAUGUUAGCAAAAUGGUUGAUUACAAGAGAAAUCCGAGUGGGAUUGUCAUCAUUGUUGCCUUUGCCUUCAAAUGUUGGGCUAUUUUACGCUUCUGAAGUUGGAAGUAUUUGGUUUCUAAAAGGUUAUGCUCCAAUAUGGGCUAUGAAGCGUAUGAGGUCUAGUGAUGGAAAAGAAGGAUUCCUUUUUGUUGGGGCUAAAGAAUCGGCACUAAGGUAUUCUCUAGCUCAUCAGCAGUUGGAGGCUCAUAUUCAACUUGAAUAUUCAGUUAAAUUCUUUGAAGGCCAUAUCCAAGUAAGUGCACGUGUUGAUAACAUACGAGUUCAUGUGGUUAAAUUAGGGUUUAGUAAGAAUGAAGAUAACAAUAAUGAUACAGAAUUUUGUGAAGAAUUGUAUUUCCCCUCAAGAAUUGAAUUCUGGGUUGGGCCUGAGAUUGGGUCUAAUUAUGUAACAAGUUUGAGUUUAGGGAAGUCAACAGUUAAUUCAGAAAGAGAAAUUGAAAUGCAAAAGUUAGUGAAAGGUAGUCUUGGUAAAAUGAAGAAUCCAAAGGUGAAAACUAUGUCAAGAAGUUCAACAAAGAUGAAGAUGAAGAAUUGGAGAUGCGACCAAGAUGUUGAGGGAAACACGGCAAUAUUUGAUGCAGUUUUUUAUGAUAAUACAAAUGGGAUUGAAGUUUAUAGCACAAAGCUAAAUGGUGGUGCAUGUACUAAUAACAAACCUAAUGAUGAUUUAGGGAAAAGGUAUUCAAGAGUAAAUAGACCAUUUAUGAAAUCCGGUGGGCUUGUUUUCACUGGGAAUGAGUAUGGAGAAGAGGUUAAAUGGAGAUUAAACAAAGAAAUGGAAGGAAGUGUGUUGAAAUGGAGAAUUGGGAGUAAGAUUUGGUUGACUUAUUGGCCAAGUCACGUGCAAAGUUCAUAUUAUGAAACUAGAUGCAUAGAAUGGACUCAUCAAGUUGACUUGCCGCUUAUUUCGAGUAGUUAGAUGGUAAAAUAGUUUUUAGUAUUUCUUAGUAAUCCAUGUAUUCUACAUUUUUAUUUCAUACCAACUACUCCGUAUUUAACUGGUGUAUAAUAAAUAAAUAAAUAAAUAAUGUUAGACUAUCCUUAUGAGUUCA